AUGGCCUUUCAACCUGCUCAGAGUGCAACAACCAAAGUGAUUCUGUUAAAGGGCUGCCCCCAGACCCCCGCCUCCAGGGCCACCCCUUCGGACCCUCCCUCCGAGCUGUGCUUCGGGCCGCUGAGAACCCCUCCCCGGCACCGCUCCCCGGCCAGUGCCCCAGGACUGGCCCGGAGCCGCCGCCCCCGCAGUCCGGCCCGGGGUGCUGCCCCGGUGCCCCUGGCCGCCCCCCGCUGGGGCGGGGCGCGCGGAGGCGGGGGCGCGCUGGCGGCCGAGACGGCGGCGGCGGCGAAGACAGGCGGGCCGGGCGCGUGUCCGCGGCGCCGUGACUCGGCGGCUCCGCAGCGGCUGCAGCGGGAGGACCCGGCCGGAGCCGCCGCCGCCGCCGCCGCCGCCAUCGCAGCCGGGCGGCCGGGCCCCGCCGCGGGGAUGCCGAGGAGCCGGGGCGGCCGCGCCGCGCCGGGGCCGCCGCCGCCGGGCCGGGCACCGCGCUGGAGCCGCUGGCGGGUCCCCGGGCGGCUGCUGCUGCUGCUGCCCGCGCUCUGCUGCCUCCCGGGCGCCGCGCGGGCGGCGGCGGCGGCGGCGGCGGCGGCGGAGCGGGCGGCCGAGGCGGAGGCGCCCUUCGCCGGGCAGAACUGGCUAAAGUGCUAUGGCUAUCUGCUUCCCUCUGGCUCUCGGGUGCCCGAGCUGCACUCAGGGAAGGCCUUACAGUCAGCAGUCUCCACUAUGCAGCAGUUUUACGGAAUCCCUGUCACCGGUGUGUUGGAUCAGACAACAAUCGAGUGGAUGAAGAAGCCCCGCUGCGGGGUCCCCGAUCACCCCCACUUAAGCCGCAGGCGGAGGAACAAGCGCUAUGCCCUGACUGGCCAGAAGUGGAGGCAAAAACACAUCACCUACAGCAUUCACAACUACACCCCGAAGGUGGGUGAGCUAGACACACGGAAAGCGAUUCGCCAGGCUUUCGAUGUCUGGCAGAAGGUGACCCCGCUGACCUUUGAAGAGGUGCCAUACCAUGAGAUCAAAAGUGACCGGAAGGAGGCAGACAUCAUGAUCUUCUUUGCUUCUGGUUUCCAUGGCGACAGCUCCCCAUUUGAUGGAGAAGGAGGAUUCCUGGCCCAUGCCUACUUUCCUGGCCCAGGGAUUGGAGGAGACACUCACUUUGACUCAGAUGAGCCGUGGACACUAGGAAACGCCAACCAUGAUGGGAAUGACCUCUUCCUGGUGGCUGUGCACGAGCUGGGCCAUGCACUGGGACUGGAGCACUCCAACGACCCCAGCGCCAUCAUGGCACCCUUCUACCAGUACAUGGAGACACACAACUUCAAACUGCCUCAGGAUGAUCUCCAGGGCAUCCAGAAGAUCUACGGACCUCCAGCCGAGCCCCUGGAGCCCACAAGACCACUCCCCACACUCCCCGUCCGCAGGAUCCACUCACCGAGUGAGAGGAAGCAUGAGCGCCAGCCCAGGCCCCCCAGGCCGCCCCUAGGGGACCGGCCAUCCACACCGGGUGCCAAACCCAACAUCUGUGAUGGCAACUUCAACACGGUGGCGCUCUUCCGAGGCGAGAUGUUUGUGUUUAAGGAUCGCUGGUUCUGGCGCCUGCGCAAUAACCGGGUGCAAGAGGGCUACCCAAUGCAGAUCGAGCAGUUCUGGAAGGGCCUGCCCGCCCGCAUAGAUGCAGCCUACGAAAGGGCCGAUGGAAGAUUUGUCUUCUUCAAAGGUGACAAGUACUGGGUGUUUAAGGAGGUGACGGUGGAGCCUGGGUACCCCCACAGCCUAGGGGAGCUGGGGAGCUGUCUGCCCCGAGAAGGCAUCGACACGGCUCUGCGCUGGGAACCCGUGGGCAAGACCUACUUUUUCAAAGGUGAACGGUACUGGCGGUACAGUGAGGAGCGGCGGGCCACGGACCCUGGCUACCCCAAGCCCAUCACUGUGUGGAAGGGCAUCCCACAGGCUCCGCAGGGGGCCUUCAUCAGCAAGGAAGGAUAUUACACCUACUUCUACAAGGGCCGGGACUACUGGAAGUUUGACAACCAGAAACUAAGCGUGGAGCCAGGCUAUCCACGCAACAUCCUGCGUGAUUGGAUGGGCUGCAACCAGAAGGACGUGGAGCGGCGGAAGGAGCGGCGGCUGCCCCAGGACGAUGUGGACAUCAUGGUGACUAUCAACGAUGUGCCAGGCUCUGUGAAUGCCGUGGCUGUGGUCAUCCCCUGCAUCCUGUCCCUCUGCAUCCUGGUGCUGGUCUACACCAUCUUCCAGUUCAAGAACAAGGCAGGCCCUCAGCCUGUCACCUACUAUAAGCGGCCAGUCCAGGAGUGGGUGUGAGCAGCCCAGAGCCCUUUCUGUCCACUCGGUCUGGCCAGCCAGGCCCUUCCUCAUCAGGGUCUGAGGGGCAGCUCUGGCCACUGCCCACUGGGGCCAGCAGGGCCCUAGGCCGGGGGUCAUGCAGCUGAAGUGGUAGGUACAUUGGCCUAGGCUGAGCGUGUCGCAAGGAGUGAUGGUGGCUGUGCCCCAGGGUGGGUGUCUGGCACCCAGCUGCCAGCCUUCUGUCCUGGGUAAACUGCUCCCUACCCAAGGGAAUAGGCCAGGCCCCAUCAGGAGGCAGAGACCAUGCCAGGAGGAGGCCCUGUGGUCACUGAAUCCUGUGGUAACAAUGAGGCACCACAGCUCCGUUCCUGGCUGGACCCAGCAUCUUCUGUGGAAGCCAGCACUAGCACUCUCAGCCCCAUCUGGGAGAUGCCACCGAUCCUGGUCCCCUUUUGCCAACACCUGCUGGUCAGAUGUCCCCCUGCCCCUACCCCCACCCCACUGUCCUCCAAGGCUACAAGACCCCUGCUGCCAACAUGGUGGGCAACAAGCCUGGGUUUCCCCUGCUGGCAUUCAGCAGAUCCCUCAGGAAACCUGCUCCACACAUCAGGGUCUCCUCUGAGACCUAGGAUUUAGGGUCACAUGUUGCAGGCAGUGCUGUGGCCCAGCUGGGUCUGACAAGGACCCAGCUGUCACGUCGUGAAUAUUUAAAUGUCCUGUCACUACUGUUUUAAAAGUCCCAUUCUGCAAAGGCUGCUUGAGGCGUUAGGUGAAUUAGAGGUGACUAUCUUGGUGAUGAGGCCAGCGUGGCCAGCCCUUCCCCAGGAGAUAAGGACCAAGGUGCUGCUAAGGCCACUCUAGCACCCAGACACCCCAGGAGCUGGAUUCUGCUCAUGGGGCUAAAGGGCUGGGGCAGGAGCUGACCCUAUUUCUGGAGGCUGAUCUGAGUUGUGACCAUCCUCCACUCCCCUGUCCCUCUUCCCCACUCCCCCAGUCCCCGGCCCUGUUGCUUACUGUCUGGGGCUCAGCCUGAUGUUAGGUGCGUUAGGUGCAGCAGAAAUGGCUCCAGGCCAACAUUCUAAUGGCUUUGGGGUAAUGGGCCCAGGGCAGCCUUCUGAAGUGUUCAGAGCCCACACCCCCAGCUACCCUGAGGCCAACUCAAUCUCUUAGCCUGGAAGCAGUGUUGCUAACAAGCUUGGCCCUUGCUAACCCAGCUUACUGGGCCCAUCAUCCUGCACUGCUCUUUGGAAAAGGGCACCCCCAACUGGUAGCAGUCCCAAUGCUAGGGGCCCACCCUUCAUUGUCUCUGGCAGGAAUUCCUAGGGCUCAGCUUGCCUCUCUUCAACUUGGUAGAGACAGCCCCCUUUGUCACUGAAGAGCCCUAGGCAAGACCAGUGGGUUCAGUGGUGCCCACUGGCUCUCUGCCAAAGCCAAAAGGAGGUAUCAGUCCUCAGGGUGCUGGCAGAGCCUCAGAUGCCAUCCUGGCCCUCUGAGCCUGCAUGGGCCUUGCCCCUACCCUGUGGCCUCUGGGCUUUGGGUUGGCCUAACCUGUAGCAGACAGGGACUACUGUUGCCCUGGGAGCUGUCUUGAGCAAAAUCUCUCUUGUCCCAGAGGCACCUAUGUGGGUCCACUGUGUUCCCUGUCAUCAUCCUUCUGUUUUUUCUCAUUUUGGCCAAGGGCGGGCUCCCUGGGGCGGGUGGGGAACAACUGCAGAGAUAUUAGUGAUUCAUAGGUUUGUAUAGUGUUUUAUACUUUGCAAAGCACUUUAUUAGCUCAUACCUGUCCACUCACAUGAAACUCGUGUAGGCCCUGGGAAGCUUAGGGUACCUCUCACCGUGCCCUCCAGUGAAGCACAGAGAGGUUGUUUCUUGCCCAGGCCAUCGGGUGGGCUGGCUGGGCCUUGGGUCCCCACCUAUGGACACCUCUGGGGUCCAAGAUGAGAUCAGAAGGGUCUCUUUUAUCCAUCUCUUCCUGGCCUCCCUUCUCCCCUUCUAGGUCCCUCUCCACUCCUCAGGUUGGUGCUCUCACUUCUUGAAAGCUCUAGGCUCCCCAGGCUCCCCACUGGCUCCUGGGACUACCGAGGCCAGCUGAGAAAGAGCAAGAGAUGGAGGCCAGCACAGGCUGCAGAUGUGAGGGAUGCGGGGCCAGGCCCGGAGAGGGCUCAGCCUGGAGGCUUCCAAUCUCAGAUUCUCCUGUCUGGUGGUCAUCUGUUUGUCCAUCACCCCAGGACAGGGCAGACAGAGGGGCACAGCACUGGGGACCCCAGAGUCCAGCUUCCCUUGGCCUGGGGAACAUCACAGCAUUUCAGCGUCGGUCACAUUUUAAACUGAUCAGCCUUUGUAUAAUGUUUUUUAAAUCAUUUCUAAAUAAAACAAAAAUACAGAG